GCGGCGCCGGAGGGCACGUGGGGGACGACGUCCGCGGCCGGACCCGGAAGCAGGUCGCCGAAGGCCGCGGGGAGGGAGAGGCGGAGCGGGAUCCGCGACGCGGUAGAAUCACUCUUUUAUAUCUUCAGCGAUCAUCCAUUCAGUAGUAUUUGCUCACCAUCUACUCCUUGCCAUUGGAGUAACACCCCUGUUCUCCUGGAGUUUACUUUUAGAGUGGAGUCAGCAUUGGCAGCAGUAAGGGGCUGCUCUAGGGCAAAAUCUGAGCUGCUUGGCUGCUGUUCCCCUGAGAGCAGUGAAGGAGUGAGGCCAGGACCUGGUGGCACUGGGACAGGAUGAAGACCGUGCUCAUGGUCGCAGAGAAGCCGUCCCUGGCCCAAUCCAUUGCCAGGAUCCUCUCCCGAGGAAACAUGUCCUCGCACAAAGGGCUGAAUGGGACGUGCUCGGUGCACGAAUACACAGGGACCUUUGCUGGCCAGCCUGUCCACUUCAAGAUGACAUCUGUCUGUGGUCACGUGAUGACCCUGGACUUUCUGGGGAAGUACAACAAGUGGGACAAGGUGGACCCUGCCGAGCUGUUCAGCCAGGCCCCGACAGAGAAGAAGGAGGCCAACCCCAAGCUGAACAUGGUGAAGUUCCUACAAGUGGAGGGCAAGGGCUGCGACUAUAUCGUGCUGUGGCUGGACUGCGACAAGGAGGGCGAGAACAUCUGCUUUGAGGUCCUGGAUGCAGUGCUGCCUGUCAUGAACCAGGCCCAUGGCAGCGAGAAGACAGUGUUUCGAGCCCGGUUCAGCUCCAUCACGGACACAGACAUCUGCAACGCCAUGGCCCACUUGGGCGAGCCCGACCACAACGAGGCGCUCUCGGUGGAUGCGCGGCAGGAGCUGGACCUGCGCAUUGGCUGUGCCUUCACCAGGUUCCAGACCAAAUACUUCCAGGGGAAAUAUGGCGACCUGGACAGCUCGCUCAUCUCCUUCGGGCCGUGCCAGACCCCCACCUUGGGCUUCUGUGUGGAGAGACACGAUAAGAUCCAGUCCUUCAAACCAGAGACCUACUGGGUGCUGCAGGCCAAGGUGAACACUGACCAAGACAGGUCUCUCCUUCUGGACUGGGACCGAGUGCGUGUGUUCGACCGGGAAAUCGCACAGAUGUUUCUGAACAUGACCAAGCCAGAGAAGGAGGCCCAGGUGGAGGCCACAAGCAAGAAAGAGAAGACCAAGCAGAGGCCACUGGCCCUGAACACUGUGGAGAUGCUGCGUGUGGCCAGCUCUGCUCUGGGCAUGGGGCCGCAGCACGCCAUGCAGACCGCCGAGCGGCUCUACACACAGGGUUACAUCAGCUACCCGCGCACCGAGACCACCCACUACCCCGAGAGCUUCGACCUGAAGGGGCCGCUGCGGCAGCAGGCCAACCACCCCUACUGGGCGACACGGUGAGGCCCCGGCCCCUCGGGCCAAGUGAAGCAGUUGUUAGCUGAGGGUAUCAACCGCCCGCGGAAAGGCCACGACGCCGGCGACCAUCCUCCCAUCACCCCCAUGAGGUCCGCCACUGAGGCUGAGCUAGGGGGCGAGGCCUGGCGGCUGUACGAGUAUAUCACCAGGCACUUCAUCGCCACGGUCAGCCACGACUGCAGGUACCUGCAGAGCACCAUCUCCUUCCGGAUUGGGCCUGAGCGCUUCACCUGCACGGGCAAGACUGUCAUCUCGCCCGGCUUCACAGAGAUUAUGCCCUGGCAGAGCGUGCCCCUGGAGGAGAGCCUACCCACCUGCCAGAAGGGCGACACUUUUGCCGUGGGCGAGGUCAAGAUGCUGGAGAAGCAAACCAGCCCGCCCGACUACCUGACGGAGGCCGAGCUCAUCACGCUCAUGGAGAAGCACGGCAUCGGGACAGACGCCAGCAUCCCCGUGCACAUCAACAACAUCUGCCAGCGCAACUACGUGGUCGUGGAGAGUGGGCGCCGGCUCAAGCCCACCAACCUCGGCAUCGUCCUGGUGCAUGGCUACUAUAAGAUUGACGCAGAGCUGGUGCUCCCCACCAUCCGCAGCGCAGUGGAGAAGCAGCUGAACCUGAUUGCCCAGGGCAAGGCCGACUACCGCCAGGUCCUGGGCCACACCUUGGACAUCUUCAAGAGGAAGUUCCACUACUUCGUGGACUCCAUUGCUGGCAUGGAUGAGCUGAUGGAGGUGUCCUUCUCACCCCUGGCAGCCACAGGCAAGCCCCUCUCCCGCUGUGGGAAAUGCCACCGGUUCAUGAAGUACAUCCAGGCCAAGCCAAGCCGUCUGCACUGUUCCCACUGUGAUGAGACCUACACGCUGCCCCAGAAUGGCACCAUUAAGCUCUACAAGGAGCUCCGGUGCCCGCUUGAUGACUUCGAGCUAGUCCUGUGGUCAUCGGGCUCACGGGGCAAGAGCUACCCGCUGUGCCCCUACUGCUCCAACCACCCACCCUUCCGAGACAUGAAGAAAGGCACCGGCUGCAAUGAGUGCACGCACCCCACCUGCCAGCACUCGCUGAACAUGCUGGGCAUCGGCCAAUGUGUGGAGUGUGAGAGUGGCGUGCUGGUGCUUGACCCCACAUCGGGCCCCAAGUGGCGGGUGGCCUGCAACAGAUGCAACGUUGUGGCGCACUGCUUUGAGAACGCCCACCGUGUACGCGUGUCCUCCGACACCUGCAGCACCUGUGAGGCUGCCCUGCUUGAUGUCGACUUCAACAAGGCCAAGUCCCCGCUACCAGGAGAUGCCACACAGCACAUAGGCUGCGUCUUCUGCGACCCCAUCUUCCAGGAGCUGGUGGAGCUGAAGCAUGCAGCCUCCUGCCACCCUAUGCACCGUGGGCCCGGGAGGAGGCAGGGCCGGGGCCGGGGCCGGAGGCCAGCGGGGAAGCCUGGUGCCAGGCGGCCCAAGGACAAGAUGUCAGCCCUGGCUGCCUACUUUGUGUGAUGGCCCCACCUAGGCUGUGCACGGUGUCCUCUGGGCCAUGAAAAUCAUUAAACGUGUUCUGUCUUCUCCAGA